AGCAAGCAAUGCCACAAAGCGCGUGGCAACUCAUGAUUACUUGGUAGGAUAAGCAGCAGCAGCGCGUCGGCUUACAUUUUCUCUAAUGGCCUAACUCACACUCUCUUACUAUGGCCUUCCUCGUCGGCUCUGCAGCGCCCGGCCUCCAGCGUCUCGCCGUGCCCUUCGCAAGUCUGCUGAUCGCUCUCCUCGGGUACGGCUCGCAGUGGCUCUUCGCAGUAUCCCCCGACCUCGAACCCGGCCCGUUGACACCGACGCAAUCACGCGUAUUCAACACGCUCCUCGGGUGUUUAUGGUGGACGUACUGGCGCGCUUGCACCGUCGAUCCCGGCCGAUACGAGUUCCCCCGAUCGAGCGGGAAAAAGGGACCCGGGAAGAGCGGAAGAGACGAAGGCAGUGCAACACUUAGUUCCGAAGAUGAAGAUCACGAUGAAGACGAUAACGAUGCAUACGAUAAUCAUACAUCGAACCGUGGUGUUCAUGCCGUAGCCCGUCGUCGCUGGUGCCGCAAGUGCGCAGCGCCCAAGCCGCCCCGCGCGCACCACUGCAAGACCUGCGGCCGCUGCAUCCCCAAAAUGGACCACCAUUGUCCAUGGACCGGGAACUGCGUCUCGCUGCAGACCUUCCCGCACUUCAUGCGCUUCAUAAUCUACACGAACGUCUCUCUCUGGACGCUAGGGUAUUUCCUCUCGCUGCGGUUCACUGCGCUCUGGGGAUCCCGGAACCUGCCAGCGUACCUGGGGCCGACGCCCUGGCAACUCAUGAUGCUUACGGCGCUAUGUAUGAUCACGUUCUUCACCUCGCUGGCACUGGGGAUUCUUCUCGUCACGGCCGUGCGCGGAUGGCUGUUCAAUAUAACGAUGAUAGAGGGCUGGGAGAUCGAGCGGCACGAGGCCGUGCUGCAGCGCGGGGGAUACGAAGAGGAAGACUGGUGGCGGACGUCGGACGGAGACACCGAUUCCGCGCCGCGAAGCAUGGUCGACCCCGUCGAGUUCCCCUACGAUAUCGGCGUGUACACGAACAUGGCGCAGGCCAUGGGGACAUCGAACCCGCUUUCCUGGCUCCUGCCCUUCGCAGGCGGCCCACGCAUCGCACGUCUGCCAUCAAGCAUGACCUCCGAAGAUCUCAUCGAGACACUCGACGGGACGAAAGCGGGCAACGCAAGGCUCGGCACAGGCUGGUUCUACGAAGAAAACGGGCUCAACGACAGAGACGGCAUGUGGCCCCCCGUAGACCCGGAGAAAGUGCGCAACGCGCGGCUCUGGCGUCAGCGCCGCCAGGAAGAGAGGAAAUACCGUCUCGAGCAGAUGCAGGGUCUACGGGACCCAGCGCUUCCAGAUAUGAAUCUAAGCCCCGAGGAGGAGAAAGAGGCUUUCCGCCGGAGACAGGAGCGCGAUCUGCAGCGUUGGCGGGCCACGCGGGCCGAGAUCAUAAAUGACCUCGAAGAGAUCCCAGCUUCUGCUUCUCCGUACCAAGUAGACGGCGAAGGCGACUACGACUUCGUCGACGAGGCUUAUUCGCAGCGUCGCGCGGGCGGGUAUCCCCGCACCGCUGGGCCUCAGCAAUCGAGGCGGUACGUUGUUCUCGACGAGGGCAAGUCGGGCUGGGUGAAUGCGGACGGCGAACACUUAGGUGAUUACGGUGUUGACGAGGACGCGGAGUUUGACGAUGACUAUGUGUACGACGGGUCUCCACAGGAAGGGGUAUCGCAUAUAAUAGAUCCGGAUGACGAUGAGGUACCAUUGGCGGAGCUAAUACGUCGGAGGAAGAUUCGCACGAAGGACGGUGAGGACAUAUAGCAGAUUCGGCAUCUAACAAUCUUCACGGCUAGAUGACAUAGACCUACACAAUUAAAUGGGAAUGCUAAUGAACAAUAUGCGAAGUCAUCUAUGGCUCCGCUCUAACGCGGCCGGCCGUACAGGCUAUCAUUCUUCUGUUUAUCAUCUAAACAUUAGUGCAUACUUAUGUCUAGGUAGCUAUACAUGACUGAGGGCGUAAUGCAUCCGGAGCCCUCUUCCCAUCUCGUCCCACGCAUCCCAAUCUUUACUCAGCCUCCGCUAUCUGGGGAGUGCAUCGCUUUGCCAUAUAAUCUUGCAGUAUCGAUCACGUAAAAAGAGAAAAGGGCCGAAUAUGCGUCAAUUGUCUUGAAAAUGACGCUACGCCCUCGCAUUACCGCGUCGUCGCUUAGGUCUGUAAGCGACAACGCCGAAUGAAGAAACCAUCCGAAAUUUUCUAUGCGCGUGCAAUCCGUGAUCUACCAGUCAUCAUCAUCAUUCUGUUUUUGCAUAGCGUUUUUUCUUGCGAGCAGUGCGUU